UAUCUCGUCGCGUUGAACACAUCGGGUAAUGGAAGACGUUCCAAAAAUUCUCUCUGACGAAGGCGGUUCCGCUUUCUCCCUUAGGGGUUUCCGGUUCCAAAAAAAACCUCCGUUUUCACACACCGGUUACAGUUCCAACGAUUCGCCGGACACCUGUACGUCGUCGGAAAACCCCAAAGUCCAGAUGAUGGAAGUUCGAAACCGGAUCGUGAACCCCUUCAGCGACUCCGAUUCCGAAGUGGAAUUGCCAAGAAAGCAUCCGAUCGUGAACCACGAGACUACCGCUAGUACAGUAAGAUUGAAUGGGUUCCGGCCAAAAAACCCUUCAAUUCUUGAGAAGGAGAAGCAAAUGAAGUUCUUGUUGGAGAUAUUCCCCAAGUUGGAAACUAUGAAAGUGCAUGAUGUGCUAUCAAAACACAAUUUCAACACGGACGCUGCCGCUGCCGAACUUUCGAGGACGUACAGUGAACAGCAACAGGCUAUUUACGGCAGUUACAGCCAGUGGAAAGACAAUUACGAGAAGAAGUUCGCCGCAAGACACCACUCAGAUUUGAUCAACGCACAGAAGAUGAGUUUCAAGAGAAGAGCUGUCGGGGAACCGUCCAACCACAACAAGAAGAAGAAGGUUAGGAGGCGGAAAUCGUACGACAGCGAUGACAGCAACGGUAGUAACAAUUACAGAGACACCAGAGUGUUUGAUAGUAGCGAUGAAGAUUCGGACGCUGAAAUAAGCGAUGAACUGACAGGCGACAAGAAAAAAGUGCUAGAUUUUUUCACGACUGCCACACUGAACGAGUUGCAGCUCAUGCAGUCGUGCUCUAAGAAGAAGGCGGAGGCGUUGGUCGAACUGCGCCCAUUCCAAGGCUGGAUCGAUUUGGUCACCAAGUUGCAGAGCAACAAGAGUUUAAGUACCGACCUGUUGAAUUCGGCGCAGCAGGUACUUGUCACGCGGAAUAACAUCCGUCAUUUGAUGAGGCGCUGCACGAACUUGGCGCAGCAAAUGGAGCGCGCAGUGGCGGCGGGAGCGAGCGUCAAGGAGCAGCCUCGCAAUUUAUCGUCGUCGUUAAAACUGACCGGCUAUCAAAUGAUCGGCCUCAAUUGGCUGGUCGUGUUGCACUCGCAGGGCGUCAACGGCAUACUGGCAGACGAAAUGGGUCUGGGCAAAACGAUCCAGAUCAUAUCAUUCCUCGCCUACUUAAAACUCACCAACCAGGCCCUGAAUACUCAUCUGGUGAUCGUGCCUUCGUCCACCUUAGACAACUGGAAGAACGAGUUCGCGCGGUGGUGCCCGGAACUGAGGGUGUUUAUGUACUACGGCGACUCGAAGGAGAGACGCUCGUUCCGGUUCGACCUCGCCAAGGGCAUGCUGAAAGAGUUCGACGUCAUCCUGACGACGUACACGAUGGUCGGCAACAGCCCGGAGGAGCGGAAAAUGUUCAGAGUGACGCCGAUGCACUACGUCAUCUUCGACGAGGCGCACAUGCUGAAGAACAUGAACACGCAGCGCUACGAGAACCUGAUCCGGAUCAACGCGAAGCACCGGAUCCUGCUCACCGGCACGCCCCUCCAAAACAACCUGCUCGAACUCAUGUCGCUGCUGAUAUUCGUCAUGCCGAAGAUGUUCGCGGAAAAGACCGACGAUUUGCGUAACUUGUUUCAAAAGAACGCGAAAGCGAAAGACGACGAGAUCGUGCCGGCGUUCGAGCGCGAGCAGAUCGAGCAGGCGAAACGCAUCAUGAGACCGUUCGUGCUCAGACGCUUGAAACGCGACGUGCUCCAAGACCUGCCGAAAAAAAUCGACCACGUGAUCAGCGUCGCGAUGGCGCCGACGCAGAAGGACCGCUAUCGCUCGCUGGUGGCGGCCUACCAGAAUAUAGGCAACGUGAGUGAACCGGCGAGGUUUCGGGGCCCCAUUUUUACGUCGCGUUCGCAGGAAUCGAGCGAGCCGCAGUACAACGGCAUGAGCAUCAUGACCGACCUGAGGAAACUCAGCAACCAUCCGCUGCUGAUGAGGUACCACUACGACCUGGACCAGCUCGGCGAGAUGGCGAAGCUACUGGCUAAGGACCCGAAUUACAAGGACACGGUGGUGCAGUACAUCGUCGAAGAUUUGAAGUUCAUGUCGGAUUUCGAGAUACACACCAUGUGCCAACAGUUUUCGUGCUUGGCCCGCUACCAACUUCCGGACAAUCUGAUCCUGACGUCUGGCAAGUUCCUCUACCUUGACCGAUUGCUGCCCGAGUUGCAGCGCAACGGCCACAGGGUAUUAGUGUUCAGCCAAUAUGUGAUAUUACUAAACGUAUUAGAAGUGUACCUGAAUUUGAGAAAGUACCGCUACCUAAGGUUAGAUGGCAGCACCGCAGUAAGCAUAAGGCAAGAUCUGAUCAACGAGUACACAGAGGACAAGGGAAUAUUUAUUUUCCUACUUUCGACUCGGGCCGGCGGUCUGGGCAUCAAUUUGACCAGCGCCGACACUGUCAUCAUCCACGAUAUCGACUUCAACCCUUACAAUGAUAAACAGGCGGAGGACCGGUGUCACCGGAUGGGUCAGACGCGACCGGUGACGGUGUACCGGUUGAUCUCGCAGGGUACCAUCGAGGAAGGCAUGCUUGCAAUGAACAGGGAGAAGCUGAAGCUCGAGAGGGAGAUCACUGCCGACGAGUCAGACAAUCCGGAUGUGAAGAGCGUCGUGAGGCUUCUGUCUUCCGUGUUGGGCGUCGACGAGGCCAAGGCCACCAUACUGGUGUCUCCCCGCAAGAAGGAAUGAGGCGGAACGUUGCAGUUGAAAUUUUCGUUAGUUUUGAUAAUGCAAUCGCGCACCCACCCCCACUCCCAUUUUUAUAUUUACUGAUUACGUGUUG